CAAAACAUUAUCUAGCUAGAUGGUUGCCUUGUUCUUACAGUUACACCCUGUCUUGGCGUUAGCCGACUAAGUUGCCCUUGUUUCUUAAUUUAGUUUACAGCUGCAUCCUUUUUGUUAGUAGCGUUAGCUGCUAGCAUAGCUACAUAACCCAUAACCCCCAGAAGUGGGUGGAUGUUUGGGAGCGCGGUGUCUGCAGCAUAAUUAAAACAUGGCGGAAUCGGAGGAAUUUAGACUUAAACGAUUAAAGCAUGAGGAGCGCCUGUCCAGAGUGUUUGACGAAGUAAUGGGGCUUGGAGACUUUGCUGACUCCUCCAGGAGCUCUUUCAUCUCUUCCCCAAGUGGAGGUCAGGACGAGACAAAGGGAGUAGACAAAACUUCAGGACAAGGGGAACACCAACCGGUAGAAGAAGAGGAUAGCAGCAGCAGCAGACCAGAAGAAAAGAUGGAUGAGGGGAUGGGAGAGUCAUCUUUUCCUCGCAUUUCCUCCCCAUCUUCUGUCCGAAACUCCUCGUUUACCAUGGGAACCAACGAAGGAGGGGGAGGAAGUGGAGGGGCAGCAUUUGAUGACGCACUGGAUGGCCUUCCUUCAUAUGGGCCCGAAGAAGAAGACGAAGAAGAAGAAGAAGAAGAAGAAGAUGAAGACUGGCACUUUGCCAUGCAAAUGGACACCCUGGAGGAUGUUAAUGUGGGCAAGACAAACCCAGAAAGAGACCAACCAGGAGUGGGGAACAACGUAACUCAAGACGAACCCUUUGCGCGUCAGCCCAGAGAGGAGCAAGAGAGGGAAGGGAGCAGUGGGUCUGCUAACACCUCCCACUCCUCCCAGGACCAUACACCUGACAACAGCCGAGAUGGAGGCGUCCUGAACCAGACAGAUGAGACAGAAGAUAGCCAGCAGGGAGAGAGGUCAGACGCAGCUCCAAUGGCGGACAGUAAUCCCCCAAUGUCUCCUAGUAUCAAUAUUAAAGAUGAGCCCAUUGAUGAGGGCUACGACGCUGCUUUACUGCCUCAGAGCUCCAUCAGACAAAUCAAAGAGGAGCUGGAGCAUCAGGAGGAGGAGCUGAGGAUCAGCUCUGUCUACUCUGUAGGUGGAGGGAACACCUUUGCAUCGCCUACCGUGCCAGCUGCAGUCCCAGCUCCUACUCCUACGGCCAUUUUUAUCCCAGGUAGAGGACAGCAUGUCCUACAAGCUAUAGCUCCCCUCCCCCUCAGACCACCAGCUCCAAUCCCCAGUUCACUACCAGCUCUGGUACCAGCACCCCCACGCCCACCUCCGCCCGCCGUUCCUGGUAGCGUUCGCUGCAGUGGCUGCUCUAAGGUUCUUCUGAAAGGCCAAACAGCAUUCCAAAGAAAAGGUUCGACGCAGCUCUUCUGCUCCACAGUCUGCCUGACUGGUCAUCUGCCUCCAGCUAACAAGAACCGAUCCUGUUUUCAGUGCAACAGGGAGAUUCUUCAGCCCAGGGACAUGAUCACAAUUCCAUCAGACGGCAACACCUACUUUUACUUCUGUGGCCAGUUCUGUUUGUCUGUCUUUAGACACAAGAAGAAGACUGUUGACAAGGUUCCUGAUAAAUGGGCUGACAAACGAGUGGAGAAGAAACCCGAGAAGCCGCCUGAGAAACCAGCGGAGCGCCCACCUGAAAAACCCUUCUGCAGUGUCUGCAGAGUCUCCAAUAGGCAGAUUGAGCACGAGGUCACCCAUCAGGGUCGUCUCCACAGACUCUGUAGUAAUGCUUGUUUUGUAACAUGGCGCAAGAUGCGGCAGUUAGCCAUGAACUGCUGUGAAGGCUGUGGACUUUACUGUAGUAGCAGCUCAGGCUCCUGUCAGACGCUCACAAUUGAAAGAACUCAGCUCAACUUCUGUGGUCCGACCUGUAUUGGCACCUACAAACAGACCUGCAGAAAGACGGUUACAUGUGCCUACUGUCACAAAAUGGCUAUAGUGUCCUCCACCCUUAUGGAACGAGACCAGAGGGGCAAAGUUCAGCUUUACUGUUCAUCUGCUUGUGUGGAACAGAGUCGACCACCCCCACACGUUCUCACAGGUGCUGCAUUCCCCUGCUGCCAGUGCAGGGUGUCCGCUGUUCCUCAGUAUCAUCUGGCCAUGGUGGACGGCACCAUUCGUAACUUCUGCUCCUAUGACUGUGUUUCUACAUACAGGAAGUCCGGAGACACCUCUCAGCCAGACCUGACCAAUGGAACCUCUGUUCUCAGGGACUCCUCCCUCAGAGAUGCCCCCAAAGCCGGGCCCUUUCCCGGAGCAAGCUCAGUCCCUCCCAUCCCUCAGGACUACCCAUCUUCAGUGCCCUACUCGGGCCACCAUCCCAGUCAUACCUCAGUGCCCCCACUGGUGCCCCACUAUCCAGCUAUGUCCUCCCCCUCUGUCCCUGGGCAAGCCCAAGCCAGAGCACCUGCUGAUCACCCCUUGAAACCAGCAGAAGGCGGGCCCAGUGACCCCUCCAAGCUGAACUGCCAUCAGUGCAGCAAACAAUUCAACACAAAGCCGCUGCUAUUCAGUAACCAAGGUCGUAUUUCUAUGUUCUGCAGUAGGACUUGCUGUGAUCAGUAUAAAACCCAGAAGAAUAUCCUGAUGGUGUGUGAAUUCUGUAAACAGGAGAAAGUGCCCUUUGACAUCACCAGUUACAACCAACAGGACCUGAUCUUCUGCAGUGAGAACUGUAAGCUUCUCUUCAAACAUGAUAUCACAUCUCGUAACAAGGAUCAUCCCUGGCGUCCCUGCACCUACUGCUCAGGCAUCGGCCAGAAGAUGCUGCACAGUCACUAUGGAGGCAAGAUGGAGGAGUUCUGUAAACCCCACUGCAUGUCCCAGUACACUGUGCUCUACUAUGGGAUGGGUCGAUGUGACAGCUGUAGGAAACAAAGCUAUAUGACUGAGAAGCUGCAGUGUUUGGGUUCAGUCCGUAAUUUCUGCAACCUGCCCUGCCUGUUGCAGUACUGCCACCUGCAUUUUGAGACGAGCCAACACACCAGCAGUAACGGUACUGGAGCUCCCCCACAAGCACCAUAUGCGCCAACCCAGCCCCACCACUCCUCAAAAAUGAAUCCUGUCAUAGCUGGUGUCGUGUCACUGGCCAAUGGCUCUGCCACUCAGCCCAGUGUGUCAGCAGAUACUGCUCUUACUGGAGCACUUCCAACCUCCAACGUUGAUGGCAAGAACCUAGAUCAUGCCAGUACUCAGACUGAUGCCAUGGGAGUGCCUGUGUCCCGUCGACGUCAAAUGAAGAACAAGUCGGUUCUGUGUCGGCCCUUCACUAUGGACCAAGAGAGCAUGUGCCAGCUGCCCGCACCUUCCACUGAUUUAGCAGCUCCAUCUCUGUUUUCAGUUAGCUCCCCUGCAGGAGAGGAGAAGGUGAAGGUGUUGAUAGUGCCGGUCCCAGUACCGGUCUUCAUUCCAGUGCCAAUGAACAUGUACUCCCAGCACACACCUGUUCCAAUGGCUAUGCCUGUGCCCGUUCCAGUACCUAUGGUAGUACCACCACAGAAAAAGGACAUGAAAGAUGCAGCGGUCCAGUCAGAGCCUUUGGCUGUGGAGGAAGAAAAACAGAAAGAUAGGCCUGUUUACAGUGCAGACCAGAGCAGAUCUUACAGUGGAGAUAUGAAGUCAGAGGUUGUCACUCCCAUAACCCGUGAAGAUCAGGAGACACAAAAAGCAGUACAAGCCGACCUGCCACUUACUGUAAGUUCAGAGAGGAGCCCAGAGUCGACUGUUGCCCUACUUAAUACCCAGCCAGAGAGGAGCCCAGAGUUGACUGAUUCCCAACUUAAUACCCAGCCAGAGAGGGUCCCAGAGUUGACUGUUCCCCUACUUAAUACCCAGCCAGAGAGGGUCCCAGAGUCGACUGUUCCCCUACUUAAUACCCAGCCAGAGAGGGUCCCAGAGUCGACUGUUCCCCUACUUAAUACCCAGCCAGAGAGGGUCCCAGAGUCGACUGUUCCCCUACUUAAUACCCAGCCAGAGAGGAGCCCAGAGUUGACUGAUUCCCAACUUAAUACCCAGCCAGAGAAGAGCACAGAGUCAACUGAUUCCCAACUUAAUACCCAGCCAGAGAAGAGCACAGAGUCAACUGAUUCCCAACUUAAUACUCAGCCAGAGGGGACCAUGGCAACAAGCGACCCACCUACCACCAGUGCUGAGCAUCAACCCCCCUCCUCUCCAAUGAUGGACUUGGAGACUGACAUCCCGUCUGAAUCGUUGGAUCAGCCAUCAGCUGCUCCACAGCGAGGAGUGAAGAGACCCAGAGAAGGUUUCUCCAGCCGGAAACGGGGUCGAAGGCGAACUGUUACAUCAAACCGCAGUGCAGUGGUGACUCCAGCCGCCUCCAAACUGAACCACCUGUUCGGAGUUAAAGCCUGGAAGAGCUGGGUCCAACAACGAAACAAGCACCAGAGAGGAUCCAAUCCAGUGGAUAUUAAAGAAGACAUCCUUCAGUGUGACUCUGCUGAGCUCAGCUAUGCUCUGUCUUGCUUCAUCAGAGAAGUGAGACGGCCCAAUGGAGAGACCUACAGUCCAGACAGCAUCUUCUACCUCUGUCUGGGGAUACAGCAGUAUCUGUUCAUGGAGGGCCGCAUAGAAAACAUCUUUAAUGACCCGCUGUACAGUCAGUUUGCUACCAAGAUCAGUGGGAUGCUGCACCUCUGGAAACCUAAACUACUACCUAAUGGUGGUACUGCUUCCUCCCGUAUUGUGGAGUCCUACCUGUGGGAGUGUAAGCAGCUGGGCGCCUACUCCCCCAUAGUGUUGCUCAACACACUGCUCUUCUUCUGCACAAAGAACUUCCGCUUCACCACGCUGGCGCAGCAUCAAAGCCUCUCCUUUACCAACUUCACUCGACACUCCAAGCCCUGCAACCGAGCCGGCAAAGUCCACUACCUCCGCUACCAGAGAAGCAGCGCUGGCACACCCCACACAGAGCGAUACCGAAAAAGGCAGGGAGAGGAAGAGGGAGACCUAGAGAUGUUUGAAAAUGUCGCCAAUCCUCUACACUGUCCCGUCAGACUCUAUGAGUUCUACCUCUCCAGAUGCCCUGAGUCGGUAAAGAAUAGGUCAGACCUGUUUUUUCUGCAGCCUGAACAGUUUGUGCACCCUCAAAGUUCCCACUGGUACACCUUUCAACCGUUAGAGGGCGCCACUCUACAAAGCAUGCUCACACGCAUCCUGGCCGUCAGAGAGGUUCACCAGGAACAUGAAGCAGCCCAACAUCAGUCCCCAGCCACCGCUGAUAAUGACAGUUUACAGUGAUAUGGAGCUCCGCUUAUUCACACCCUGCUUAUGAUCUUCUCUGCAACAGAAACCUUCGCCGAUGCUGAACAGUUCACAGCGAAUUGCAGCCGUAGGUACGCCCAUCAGUCAUUCAGACGAAGGUUGACAAGUCUUUGAAAAAGGAAGACCGAACAAAGACACAAUGAAAGGGGACCCAUUGUCACAAAGAGACAAACUUAAAGAACGUUACAAAAAAGUGUGGGAUCAUUGUGUUUAGUAACCUCAGUAGUUCCCCACAUAAACGCACAAUGAGUUUACAAACAUCCAAUACUCUAAAAUAUGAAAAAGGGAGUACAUUGUUCUUCUUUUCUCAUCCUGUCACACCAGA